AUAAAACCAAACUACUUGGGUUACAGCCGUCAACAUGGAGGACGCGCAUGCCAAAGACGCCAAUGAGGUGUGCAAAUUCUUCGGAACGGGUCCGGAGGGAUUGACUCCACAGCAAGUUGAAACAUUGAGGAACAAAUAUGGAGAAAAUGAAAUGCCCGCCGAAGAGGGAAAAUCACUGUGGGAGCUGAUUCUCGAGCAAUUCGACGAUCUUCUCGUCAAGAUUCUCCUCCUCGCCGCCAUCAUCUCGUUUGUGCUCGCCCUUUUCGAAGAGCACGAAGAUCAGACAGAAGCAGUGACGGCGUUCGUCGAACCGUUCGUCAUCCUUCUCAUUCUUAUUGCCAACGCGACCGUCGGAGUGUGGCAGGAACGAAAUGCUGAAUCGGCCAUCGAAGCGCUCAAGGAAUACGAACCAGAAAUGGCCAAGGUCAUCCGAUCCGGACACCACGGAAUUCAGAUGGUUCGCGCUAAGGAACUCGUGCCAGGAGAUCUUGUCGAAGUUUCAGUCGGAGACAAGAUCCCAGCCGAUCUCCGUCUUGUGAAGAUCUACUCCACCACCAUCCGUAUCGAUCAGUCCAUCCUCACCGGAGAAUCUGUGUCUGUUAUCAAGCACACCGACUCUGUGCCAGAUCCACGCGCUGUUAACCAGGACAAGAAGAAUUGUCUGUUCUCGGGAACCAAUGUCGCAUCUGGAAAGGCUCGUGGAAUCGUCUUCGGAACCGGAUUGACCACUGAAAUCGGAAAGAUCCGUACCGAAAUGGCUGAGACCGAGAAUGAGAAGACACCACUUCAACAGAAGUUGGACGAAUUCGGAGAGCAACUUUCCAAGGUUAUCUCUGUUAUUUGCGUUGCUGUUUGGGCUAUCAACAUUGGACAUUUCAACGAUCCAGCUCACGGUGGAUCAUGGGUUAAGGGAGCAAUCUACUACUUCAAAAUCGCCGUUGCUCUUGCCGUCGCUGCUAUUCCAGAAGGACUUCCAGCUGUCAUCACCACGUGCCUUGCCCUCGGAACUCGCCGUAUGGCCAAGAAGAACGCUAUUGUAAGAUCCCUUCCAUCCGUCGAAACUCUUGGAUGCACAUCUGUUAUCUGCUCUGACAAGACUGGAACUCUCACCACCAACCAGAUGUCUGUGUCAAAGAUGUUCAUCGCUGGACAAGCUUCUGGAGACAACAUCAACUUCACCGAGUUCGCCAUCUCCGGAUCCACCUACGAGCCAGUCGGAAAGGUUUCCACCAAUGGACGUGAAAUCAACCCAGCUGCUGGAGAAUUCGAAUCACUCACCGAGUUGGCCAUGAUCUGCGCUAUGUGCAAUGAUUCAUCUGUUGAUUACAAUGAGACCAAGAAGAUCUACGAGAAAGUCGGAGAAGCCACUGAAACUGCUCUUAUCGUUCUUGCUGAGAAGAUGAAUGUUUUCGGAACCUCGAAAGCCGGACUUUCACCAAAGGAGCUCGGAGGAGUUUGCAACCGUGUCAUCCAACAAAAAUGGAAGAAGGAGUUCACACUCGAGUUCUCCCGUGAUCGUAAAUCCAUGUCCGCCUACUGCUUCCCAGCUUCCGGAGGAUCUGGAGCCAAGAUGUUCGUGAAGGGAGCCCCAGAAGGAGUUCUCGGAAGAUGCACCCACGUCAGAGUUAACGGACAAAAGGUUCCACUCACCUCUGCCAUGACUCAGAAGAUUGUUGACCAAUGCGUGCAAUACGGAACCGGAAGAGAUACCCUUCGUUGUCUUGCCCUCGGAACCAUCGAUACCCCAGUCAGCGUUAGCAACAUGAACCUCGAAGACUCUACCCAAUUCGUCAAAUACGAACAAGACAUCACAUUUGUCGGAGUCGUCGGAAUGCUUGACCCCCCAAGAACUGAAGUUUCGGACUCGAUCAAGGCUUGUAACCACGCUGGAAUCCGUGUCAUCAUGAUCACCGGAGACAACAAGAACACCGCUGAGGCUAUCGGAAGAAGAAUCGGACUCUUCGGAGAGAACGAGGAUACCACUGGAAAAGCUUACACUGGACGUGAAUUUGACGAUCUUCCACCAGAGCAACAAUCUGAAGCCUGCCGCAGAGCUAAGCUUUUCGCCCGUGUCGAGCCAUCUCACAAGUCCAAGAUUGUCGAUAUCCUUCAAUCCCAGGGAGAGAUUACUGCUAUGACCGGAGACGGAGUCAACGACGCUCCAGCUUUGAAGAAGGCCGAAAUCGGAAUUUCUAUGGGAUCAGGAACUGCUGUCGCCAAGUCUGCAUCUGAAAUGGUUCUUGCUGACGAUAACUUCGCAUCCAUUGUGUCUGCUGUCGAAGAAGGACGUGCUAUUUACAACAACAUGAAACAAUUCAUCAGAUAUCUCAUCUCAUCUAACGUCGGAGAAGUCGUCUCCAUCUUCAUGGUCGCCGCACUCGGAAUUCCAGAGGCUCUCAUUCCAGUUCAACUUCUCUGGGUUAACUUGGUCACUGACGGUCUUCCAGCCACUGCUCUCGGAUUCAAUCCACCAGAUCUUGACAUUAUGGACAGACAUCCACGUUCAGCCAACGAUGGACUCAUCUCUGGAUGGCUCUUCUUCAGAUAUCUUGCUGUCGGAACCUACGUCGGAGUUGCCACCGUCGGAGCCUCAAUGUGGUGGUUCUUGUUGUACGAGGAGGGACCACAGAUCACCUACUACCAGCUCACUCACUGGAUGAGAUGUGAAAUCGAGCCAGACAACUUUGCCGAUCUUGACUGCGCCGUAUUCGAGGACAAUCACCCGAACGCCAUGGCUCUGUCCGUGCUUGUCACCAUUGAGAUGCUCAACGCCAUCAACUCACUUUCCGAGAAUCAAUCGCUUUUAGUGAUGCCACCAUGGAAGAACAUCUGGCUGAUGGCCGCCAUUUCCCUUUCGAUGUCUCUUCACUUUGUCAUUCUCUACGUUGACAUCAUGGCCACCAUCUUCCAGAUCACCCCUCUCAACUGGGUCGAAUGGAUCGCCGUGUUGAAGAUCUCACUGCCAGUGCUCCUUCUCGAUGAAAUUCUCAAGUUCAUCGCCAGAAACUACAUCGACGGUAAGCCGGAGACGGUCGGCGCGAAGGCACGUAGUGCCAUCUCGCUGCUCGCCUGGGUGUCUGUGACGCUCGCCUACUUUGCGUGGAUGUUGGGCCCGUACGCCGAGCUCAUUAACCAUGCGCUCGUCGGUCCAUCUGUCGAUCCGUCGAAAUUCGACGCGGUUGUCACGCCCGACAAGUUACAUAACGAAUUGUGAUUGAAGUUCUUCUAACCCCCAAACCAACCGCCUCUCAAACAACUUGUGAUGAUUUCUCUUUAUUUUCUCUCUCUUUCUUGUUCUAAUCAUUUUGGGCCUUUUUCCCUUUUUCUCUCUGCAGUGUGUUAACUGAUCCAUAAUCCUUCGUGUAAACCCCCCUCUCCCUACUUUUAGGAUUUCUUCCUCGUUGCUCAUUGUAUUUUGUCCAAAUCGCCACAAUUUCCCUACAAAUAUAUAUGUUUUUUUUGCUAAUUUUUUGUGUUUCCCUUCCUUCUUGUCCACUGAAAGUUCUACGUCUCUCGCUCUCCACAUCCCCAUUGUUCUCCCCUUUUUUCAUAAUAAUUUAUUAUUAUCCUUUUUUUAAAUUAAUUUUUGUUGCGUGUGAAUCUAUUAGGAGCUCACAAAUAAAAGUGAUCCUU